ACACGACCACGGACCACCUCGCCGCCACCGCCCCGUCCGCGUGUCACCGACGGUCGACGGCGACCAUGCUUCCCUCAUUCCUCUCGUGCGUGGCGUCCCCUCUCCUCACCACCGCAUGCACCCCGACCGCCUCGUCGCAGCAGGCGGCUGCCGCAGCCCCUCCCCUGCAGUCGCUGAGGCUCCCGCCUCAGCCAGGGAACAACUACAGGCCCGUCGCUACGACGCUGGUGGCUGCGGCCGCGGCGGGGCUCCUGCUGCUGUCCCCGGCGACGGCGCCGUCCCGCGCCGAGGCGGAGUUCACAGUGUACUAUGGCACGGCGGCGAGCGCGGCGAACUACGGCGGAUACGGCGGGAACGCGAGCAAGAAGGACACGGCGGAGUACGUGUACGACGUGCCGGAGGGGUGGAAGGAGCGGCUGGUGUCCAAGGUGGAGAAGGGCACCAACGGCACGGACUCGGAGUUCUUCAACCCGCGAAAGCGGGCGGAGAAGGAGUACCUGACGUUCCUGUCCGGGAUCCGCGCGCUGGCGCCGCUCAGCGCCGUGCUCGACAACCUGGCGCUCUCCGACGUCGGGCUGCUGGACCAGAUCUCGUCCGCCGACGACGUGCGCUCCGCCGAGCGCGCCGACGGCGCCGGCCAGGUGUACUACGAGUACGAGGUGGCGGGCGCCAGCGCGCACAGCCUCAUAUCGGUGACGUGCGCACGGAACAAGCUGUACGCGCACUUCGUCACCGCGCCCAACGCCGAGUGGAGCCGCGACGAGGCCAUGCUCCGCCGCUUGCACGAGUCCUUCAAGACCAUCCAGCCCGGCGCCCCGCCACCGGCCACGGAGACCUAGCUCCAUCUGAGCACGAGCGAGAAACCUACUGAGCGAUUCGCGGUGCGUUGUAAUUGCUAGUAAAAAUCAUCAGUUUUGUAUAGGCUACUCUGCCUUUUUCCUCAGUUCCUCUGCCACGGAGCUUGGCCUAUUCAUUUUCAAGUGUAAGUGUAAACUUUGAUGUAUACACGAAUGACUCCAGACAGUUUUGCAAGUUCUUGCAUUAGAUAUCUGAUAAUCACAAAGGUAUUGUUUUUAA